AUGCCGUCACGUCUGUUCUCUCGCGACUCGCCCGCCGCAGAACAACAGCUUCCCUUCACCAGCGACAGCGUCAACGAAGCCGACUUCGCCCAGGAUUCGUCGCAAGCUGAGCAUGGCGGACACUCGCUCCCGCGCCGGAUAAGAGGGGGUUCAAUCGCCUCUGGGCCCCUCUCUGGAUCGUAUACGCGCAAUCCCAUCCGCUCCUUUGCGCACCAGACGUCGCAUGGCUUCGCCGCCGAUACCCCACAAUACUCGUCACAAGGCGUGCGCGAGAGAAGCUCCCAGUUGGCCUCGUAUGCCCUCGAAGCCGAAGACUACCAAGACAGACCGCCCUUGUCUGACAACGAUGAGGGGCGCGGAUCGAUAGACACGGGUCGUUGGACCGAUACCAUCGACGAGGAUAGCGAGGCAGAAACGCCCGAUACCGUCAUCGGGCCCCAGCAGGACAAGAGCUUCUUCAGCCCCAGGCCGGCAAACCCACACGUGCCUGGCGUCGUUGUCGAGGAUACUGAGCGGACCCCUCUGCUCCCCCAAACUAGGCUGUCGCGCGGGGGCCCGCAACAAAAGCAGAAGGCACAAGAGAGCCACUCAUGGACACCACAGUCAAAGUUGCGCUUGCCUCAACGCGUCAAGCACACAUUUGCUGUUGGGCGCGAACACAUUCUGGGCGUGGGCCAGUCGCUCACAAAUCCGAAGAACUACACCACGGAUGCCCUCAUUUCCAGCGCUCUCGGCACCGUCCAAAUCACAUCGGCCGUCUUCCUCGGACUGCUCCUGAACCUCUUGGACGCCUUGUCUUAUGGUUAUAUUCUGUUUCCUCUGGGCGCGCCCAUCUUCAGCAACACCGGCCCGGAUGGCAUCUCCAUCUUCUUCGUCAGCUGCAUCGUAUCGCAGCUCUGCUACUCUCUGGGACUCUCCGUCUUCAAGGGCGGUGUUGGCUCCGAGAUGAUCGAGGUGGUGCCCUUCUUUCACAAGAUGGCAUACUCCAUCAUGGAGCAGAUGGAAGGCAAGCCACCAGAGGCCAUCAUAGCCACCACCAUUGUGUCCUACUGCUUGAGCUCCAUUCUAACCGGUCUCAUCUUCCUUGCCCUCGGCGCGUUCAAGCUAGGCAAUCUCGUCAGCUUCUUUCCAAGGCACAUUCUGAUCGGCUGCAUCGGAGGUGUUGGCUUCUUCCUCGUCGUUACUGGCAUCGAGGUUUCCGCGCGUCUCGAGGGUAACCUCAACUACGAUCUCCCUACCCUGCAGAAGCUGUUCUCUGGAGACACCUGGUAUCUGUGGACACUGCCUCUUGCUCUUGCCAUCACCAUCAUGGUCCUACGGCGCCUGUCCAAGAGCCCAUUCGUUCUCCCCGCAUUCUUCAUCACUGUAUUUGCUGUCUUUUACCUCAUCGUCAAGGGCAUCCUACACAAGGAUCUCGAGCCUGUACGCAACGCAGGUUGGAUCUUUGAGACACCUGAAGCUGGCGUCAAGUUUUACAGAUUUUAUUCUUAUUUCAAGUUCGGCAGCAUAGAUGGAGCGGCACUUGCUAGCACUAUCCCGACCAUGUUCGCCCUCUCCUUCUUCGGUAUCAUCCAUGUUCCUAUCAACGUCCCCGCUCUAGGUGCUGCGGUGCGAGAGGACAACCUUGAUGUCAACCGGGAACUGAUCGCCCACGGCAUCUCAAACACCCUCUCCGGUUGCCUCGGUAGUAUUCAGAACUACCUGGUCUACGCCAACAGCGUCAUGUUUGUUGACAACGGAGGUAACAGCCGACUCGCAGGUAUCUUGCUUGCCUGUGCGACAACUGCAGUCUGGGUUGCGGGGCCAGCCAUGGUCGGCUACAUCCCCAUCUGUCUGGUCGGCGCGCUAAUCUUCCUCCUCGGUAUCGAUCUUAUGAAAGAAGCUCUUUGGGAUACUUUCGGAAAGUGUCACAAACUCGAGUACUUGACCAUCGUGGCCAUUGUACUCAUCAUGGGCGUGCACGAUUUUGUUGUUGGCAUCUUUGUGGGUAUCGUCCUUGCAUGCGUCAGCUAUGUGGUGCAGAGCUCGCGCCACUCAGCUAUUCGAGGAACAUACAGCGGCAUGAUUGCAGAAUCCACUGUUCGCCGCCCGCGCUCAGAUUCUCGCUACCUCAACAAGGUGCGAGGCCAAAUCCGCGCCAUCAAGCUAGGCGGUUUCCUUUUCUUCGGAACCAUUGUCUCUGUUGAAGAGUACAUGCGCUCGUUGAUUGACGACGACAACUUUGAGAAGAACCCCAUCAGCUUCAUCAUUGUCGACUUUACAAACGUCAUGGACGUCGACUUCUCCAGUUCAGAGGGAUUCCAGCGAAUCAACCGUAUCUUAAACACCAAGAACGUCAAAAUGAUCAUCUCCGGCGUCUCCUUUGCUGAUCCCGUCGGUCGUGCCCUCCAAAACGUUGGUCUGCUCGACGAAGACGGCGAUGAAGAGUGCCCUCCGCCACAAGUCUUCGAGGACCUAAAUACAGCGCUUGAGUCUUGUGAGAACGAGCUACUAGAAGUCUUCCACAAGCACUGGAACCGCCACUCGUCGAAAUCUCAAACCACACCGCCGAUGAGUAUAUCCGGUAAUGGCAAAUCAAGCAACGAACCCAUCGCGACAGGCGGCUCCCCCACAUCCUUUGGCGCCAGCUCCUUAAACCCCGUCUUCUCCUCCCCACGCCGUGGCGCCCGCCUAAUCGCCGCCCGCUCCACUAUGCGCGAGUCCGGCGAGGACACCCUCUCCAUAGCAGACAACUCGUCGCUCAACAUCAAUAGCAACAACCAACCCAGCCAAGCAGUAGCAGCCCCCUCGCGCUGGCGCAACUUUGCCCAGCCCCUCAAAAUCAUCCUCCAAACUUUCGAAGACGUGUCCACCAAGAACGAAGACUUUUGGCACACGUUAGCCCCGUACUUUGAGCGCAAAGAAUACCCCGCGGGCACCGUCUUGUACUCGCGCGGCGACGACCCAGACGGCUUCUACGUCCUCGAGCAAGGUCGUCUGCGCACAGAGUACGAGCUCGAUCAGGGUAGCUUCUUUGAAGUCAUCUUGCCGGGGACAACGUGUGGCGAAUUGCCUUUCUUCAGCGAAACCGAUCGCACGGGGACGGUGGCGGCGGAGAAUGAUAGUGUGGCGUGGCUCUUGACGAGGGAUAGGUAUAAUGAGUUGGAGAGGAGGGAGAAGGAGGUUGCGACUGAGUUGUUGAAGGUGGGGCUCAAGUUGACUAAGGAGAGGAUGGAUGCUAUUACUAGUUAUGUGCUUGUUACUGCGUCUUGA